AGCUCGCCUCACUUAUGGGUCGGAAGCGCUGCGUGGGGGAGACUGUUCCAAGAUGGCGGCGGGUUGCUGCGGGGUGAAGAAGCAGAAACUGUCCAGUUCGCCCCCCUCUGGCUCGGGUGGCGGUGGUGGCGCCUCCUCCUCCUCCCACUGCAGCGGAGAGAGCCAGUGCCGAGCUGGGGAGCUGGGACUAGGAGGCGCCGGCACGCGGCUCAACGGGCUGGGAGGUCUAGCCGGAGGAGGUAGCGGCAGUGGCUGUACCCUCUCUCCCCCCCAGGGCUGCGGCGGCGGCGGCGGGGGGAUUUCCCUGUCGCCACCUCCGAGCUGCGGAGUGGGGACCCUACUUUCUACCCCGGCCGCCGCCACCGCUUCCUCGCCCUCCUUGUCCGCCGCCUCGUCCUCAUCGCCCGGCUCCCGGAAGAUGGUGGUGUCAGCGGAGAUGUGCUGCUUUUGCUUCGAUGUGCUCUACUGUCACCUGUACGGAUACCAGCAGCCCCGGACCCCCCGGUUCACCAACGAGCCCUACCCACUGUUUGUAACAUGGAAGAUCGGUCGAGACAAAAGAUUGCGUGGAUGCAUAGGUACUUUUUCUGCCAUGAAUUUGCAUUCAGGACUCAGGGAGUACACACUUACCAGUGCCCUUAAAGAUAGCCGUUUUCCCCCAAUGACAAGGGAUGAGUUACCACGGCUGUUCUGCUCAGUGUCUCUGCUCACUAACUUUGAAGAUGUCUGUGAUUAUUUGGACUGGGAGGUGGGUGUACAUGGCAUUAGAAUAGAAUUCAUCAAUGAAAAAGGAUCAAAACGCACCGCCACCUACCUACCGGAGGUUGCAAAGGAGCAAGGAUGGGACCAUAUUCAGACCAUAGACUCCUUGCUGAGGAAAGGAGGCUACAAAGCUCCGAUUACUAAUGAAUUCAGGAAAACCAUAAAACUGACCAGGUACCGUAGUGAAAAGAUGACCCUGAGCUAUGCUGAAUACCUUGCUCACCGCCAGCAUCAUCAUUUCCAAAAUGGCAUUGGGCAUCCCCUUCCGCCAUACAACCAUUAUUCCUGACACUGAGCCGCACAACCAGUCACUGGGCCUCUCUGCAGACCUCUUCCCAGGAGACCCUACCCCUUCUUGGUCUAGCUAUCUCUUUUACUGUACCAUUUUAUGAUGAUAGUUUCCGUUGCCAUGAUGAAGCUUGGACAUCGUCUGUUAAGAUCAUCAUGGUAACGGGUAGGAAAAUGGCAUUUGUUAAGAAGAUUCUGUUUUAUUAUUUUAGGUCAUUGAUUUUUUUUUUUUUUGCAGCAUAUAUAACUUCUGGGGUUUUCUUUCCUCGCAAUAUUGCGUAGGAUUUUGCUUUGCUGUCUCAAUCAGGUUUCUGUCUUUCUGUCCUUCUUGCCUUCCUCCCUGUCGUCUCUCCUUCCUCCCUUCUGUCUUCUCUUCCCUCCUUCUUUCAACUGUGGAUGGAAGAAAUUGUGCAGUUUUUAAGGAUUUUAUUUAGGUUUUUCUUUAGUUUUCUUCAGUGAGAUAGAUGAUUUUUGAUAGCUGAGUUUGGGAGCAAUUCAUAUCAAAUUCAGGUAUUUGUAUAGGACUCUGGAAUUUGCCUAAAAUUCAUUUUGCUAUGAGAGCUUAGUGUGUGGAUCUUCACUCCUUGGGUGUGUGUUUUUCCCAUGGUUGAAAUAUAUGAACUUUAGUUCUAGUAUAGAACAUUCGAAAGUCCAUGAUAGGGCUUGUCACAGAGAGUGAGAAACCAUUUAUGCCUAUUUUGCUGGUUAUCAUAGAAGAGAUGGCCUCAUCACUUUAUAAAAUCAACUUGCAAACAAAACUACAACACUGUUUUAAGAAAGUGCCAGCUGCCUUUCAAAUAUGCUACAGAAAUCAUUUUGAAGAGCAACAAAUAUCAGGAAGAGAGCAGAUACAGAAUUUAGUGCCUUUGAGAAGAAUUUACUUAAAUGGAAAGGAGAGAAGUUGGGGCGGGGGGGAAGGCAAUUUAGAGAAAUAUUCUUAUAAAAUUUUAUUGUUUCUAUAUGUGAAACAGCAGAUGAGAACAAAUUCCUUACUCUUAAGUAUUUUUUUAAGGUGAAAAAAAUUUAUUUUGAGCAAUUGACCAAAAAGAGACAUUUGUCUAUGAUAUAUUAAUUUAAAUUCGUUAGCUUUAGGUUUCAAGAAGUCAUGAUUGGCCAGAGGCAAUUCUAGCUACUAUUUAAAGAAAAUAGUAAAGAGAAUCUAGUGAAACAAAAGUUCAUAUAUUGCCAUGAUUUCAGAUUAUGUUUGUCCUGGGGACACUACUGGAGUCUUUCUGCACUACAUACUUCUGAUAGAAACACCUGGACUGUGUUGGUAAGAUGUUAUGUCACACCUAUAAAAAUGGCAUUUAGAGAUGAUAUAGUCGUCAGAACCCAGCCCGUUGGCCAGGCUGGUCUUCUUCCCCUGGUGUAUACAAAGAGAACUUCCUACCAUCAGUAGGAAGUCCGUGUGGACAUCCCCAGGAAAAAUGACAGAUGAUUCUGGAGAAAGAUUACCUUCACUUUACUAUAAUAACUGUGUGUGUGUGUGUGUGUGUGUGUGUGUGCGUGCCCACGCAUGUGUGUGGGUGUGUGGGUGUUUUUCAAACAGGAAACUAUAUGUCAAGUGAGGAAUAGAAGUAUGGUGCAGAAUAUAUAGUCCAAAACUACGAGAUGUCACUGGAUAUCAAAAUGGCAGAGCUUAGGUGACAAGCGACAGACUGCUAGUUCAGAAAUCAAAAACCCUUUUCUAGCUUGCAAGGGAACUGCCUGAAUCCCUUCUGCUUGCCGCUGUGGCAAAGCACACCGCUUUAGUUUUUGAUGAGCAUUCUUAGAAGUUGGUUGGUAUUCCUUCAUCCACAGCCCCCAUUAUUGAAAUAACCAUUUUCAGUUGUGAUGCCUUAACUAAGAAGCCAAUUGUUAGCCUGAAAUGCAAUCUCGGUAGCCGGUUUCACUGAGCAUCGAGAUUAGUCAGAGAAAGCUAGCUGUUGGUCUUUUGAAAGGGAUUUUGAAUCCUUUCGUUUCUACUUGGGAGCAUUUUGGAGCAGAUUAGUCUUUCAGUGUAAAACCAAGUGGCAACCUAAUAGAGACUUAUUUCUUGCCCUUAUAGGGAAACUGAGCACAAGCUGAAUGCUAUUGUCUGCUGCAAAAAAAAAAAAAAAAAAAGGGGGGGGGGUAAAUAAAACAAGCAAACUGAAAAGACAAAAUAGACCAAUAUUGACCCAUCCUAUCCAUCAUCUCAUCAAUUCAGCAGGCUCCUCGUCCUGGGUGAGCUCAUGGUUAGAAGUUGUUGUGUUGUUUUUUUUUUUUAAGAAAAGAUCUAUGACAUACAUAUGUGUGUGUGUAUAUACAUAUACUUACACAUACAUACACACAUAUGUGUGUUUAUGUAUUUAACGGUGCUAAUCAAUCUUGAGCAGGUCACGUGACUGGUCAUGCGGACUCUAAAAUCAUAUCAGAUUUUUUAAAAUUCUUGAUAUAUGCAGAUGUUAUACAGAUUUUUCUUAAACCAGUGUAAUAAUGUUAUACUGAAGAAAUAACCAUCCUGCAGGCUUCAGAGGACGAGGUCAGCAAUAUUUCCCACCAUGGCUUGGGGGAAAAGGAUAGUUUUGUCUCCUUUUGUUUUCAAAUUAAUGCACAGUGCAUUUUUGUCUCUAGCUGUUGACUAAAAAGACUUUGUAGCUUUGUAAAGGGUGUUAUACAAACUGUAAUGGUGUGCUUCAAACAAACAAACGCUAGACCCUUUCACCUCUGUCGUAUACUACAAAGCUGUCAAAUAUGUGGUUUGAAUUCACUUCGAACAUGUUGAAAUAUGUAGCAUGUGUCUUUAACUCAGACGAAGAUUCUGAUUGCACAGGUUGUUUUAGCCAGUUGUGGUUUAUUUGUUCAGAAACACAAAUGUGAAUUGCACUCUUAUCACCAGAAUAUUGUAUAAGUCAGCGAUCUUUAAACAGCUCGGAAGUAAUACUUGAACUUCAUUUGAGUAGCACAAAGUUUACACUGCCCCCCCUUUUAAAUGUUAAUUAGUUCCAUUUCUGUUUUUUGUUUUUAAAUGCAACUGGGUAUUUUUCCUCUUGGAAAACAGUAACGCAUUUUACUUUUUGGUAUGUAGCAAAAGGCUUCCGUUUCUGGAAGGUUUUCUUGUUCUUAAACAAGGUUAGCCAGGUACCAGAUUCUAAAAGAACAAUUGUGCCCCCUCCCCCCCAUUAAGUGGCCUUCUGACUGCACGAGAAUGUGCUACUACCUGCUUCAGUCUCCCCUGCCGCAAGAGGUCGGUGCAUUUGAUGGAGGAAGUGCAAGGCUCGCUCUUCCCCCCCCCCGCCCCCCCCCCCGCCCCCGCCAACCCCCUGUAAAGCAGUUGUAAGAUUUUCAGCGCAGCACACACAGUCCCACCGCCCAGCACACCGGAAGUUUGUAUACUGGCCUCUUUUCAUGUCUUCAAAUGUGCAGGAAAUUUGAAACUGUCAUCUGGAAUAGGGCUCCGUCUCUUAACGUGUGUUAGAUCAAACCAAAGAAGCCCCCAGCCAUGCCCAAAUGCUGCUCUAAAAGCCUGCCUUCCAGUCCUUACAAAAACCUUGCAGGAUUAAAUGUGUUCACUUUUUUAUUUUUGUACAGUUUCUAAGUGAUUUUUGCUAGUGAUGUUAAAUGGAAUUAAGUUUAUUUGAGUGGUGCGAGCACCUCCUCCAUUGAAAUAAACUGGUGACUUUCCUUUUAUUUUUUAAAAGCAGAAACCCAUUGUGUGCCUCUCGAUUUAAGGGUUUCCGAUUACAUUAUUCUUAAGACCAGCAUCGAUCCUUUAUAUACAAAGAUGUGUUUUCCUUGUUUUUUAUUACUGUUUCAGAAGAAAAGAAGCCUUUUAUUUUGCUCUGGACCCAGUAACUGCGCUGGUACAUAGACGCACUGAGAAAAUAAACUUUUGUAACCACCUCUGACUGUUUUUGUAUAUCGAAGUCGAUUACUUUUGAAAUAUUUGGAUCUAGUUUCUAAGUUAUUUUAGUGUUUUAUAUGUUCCCCGAAAUUACUUUGAAUCGGUCACCAGCAUACUGAGUUCUUGGUGAUACAGUGGUGAGACUCGUAACAAGCAAAAGCUACCUGGAGUAGCUCCUUUUCCUUCUUUCCUAGUCCCCUGGUUUUGGAUUACCGUGAGACAUCACAGAUCACCUGACACCCCUCCAGGUAUAAACUAGAUCCUCGUGCCCUCCACAUUUAAUUGCUUAAUAGUUUGAAGAAACUAUUGGAAAUGGGCAUUUUAUAUGACAUGUAUAGCUUGAAAAUAUUAAAACUGAGCGAAAGGAAACUUGAGAAGGUUUACGUGGGUCUGUAAGGUAUGGCUGUGGAAAGAUAUUGUAGUAGUUUUGACACUAUUGUUACUAUCUUUAAAAUCAUUUACCCAAUAAAACGUUAAAACCGA